CGUGGAGACGCACUCAAUUCGCGCGCAAAAAGGCACCAAAAAGAGGUUUGCAACAAAAAACAUCAUUUUAAAUCAGUUCUCCUAAAGUGAACACAUUUGAUUAAUAAUAAUGGUCGCCUUUUUCACAAUUUAUGCGUAAAAAUGGCAAAAAUUCUCGCACAUCUGAUCACAGCUUCCCAUACACACGUCCUCUUUUUCUUUUUUUUACACCUCUGUGAUCAUGAUCUCAGGUGUGAGUAUAUACAAAAGGGGAAAAACUCUUCGCUUCCUGCAGGAUUUAGAGAGCGCGCGUCGGUUUGACUCGAGAAAACACGUUGGCUCAUGUGAGAAGGUGGUUGUUAAACACACACAUACACGCGCAAACGCACACACACAUUUUCAGAGCGCAUUUAUUUUCUACCCAAUUAUGGGAGUGAACUUUUGCGCGGCACUGUUGGCACAUCUUGUGGCGCCUUUUCCCGAUCACAUAUGUUUUAUUUUUACAAAAUACAUCAUCAAAUGAAAUAAACUAAUAUAUAAUUGUUUAUGGAAGUUCAAUUUAUUUAAAAUAAAAAAAUGGAGAAAAAAGAAAACAACUCCUCCCUCUGGACUCUCCAGCGGGUCCCGACAGAGGAUGCUGAGGAGGCUGCGCGCGGGGUGGGUGUGUUUGAGCUGCAGGGGUGGGGAGGGUAAAAAAGAAAGAAAAGAGAGAGACAGAGAGGGAGAGUGGGAGUGAGCAUAGGUGUGCGCGCCCGUGUGGGUGUGUGCGUGUCAUCUAAUAGCGCCUCGGAGCGCAUUAUCUUCCCUGUCAUCUGCGCGGUUGGUGCUGCGCGCCGUGCCACGGAGACGGGGGUCCAGGAGGAGAGAGGAUGCGUCGAUGCGGACGGAUAAUUGGCGCCAAUCGUGUCACCAGUGAGUGGCUACCACCAAAAAACAGAAGAGGAGAGUGAAGAAGAAGAGGAGGAGGAGAAGGAGAAAGAGGAGAGCCGCGCGCGCCGGAGUCCAAGGAAAUGAAGGACUUAUAACAUAAAAAAAGGAGGACGCGCGGGUCAAAGUUAGGCUUUAGGAGAACUCCGACGCGCAGAUUGACGCCGUGAUGGGACGCCACUCAGACAGAGAGGAUGAUGGACACUUUGGCACGGCGGCUCUUGUCCAGAAAUCCCUCCGUCUCCCGCGGGCGCACUGCUGACCGAGCCCCCAGGUCGACGAUCAGUCAUUUGUUUUGAAGUGGCAGGAAAUCCCCCCACCCCUCCUCCUUUCCACCCCCCACCACCUCUCUUGAUUGGAACUGGAGUGAGAGAGGAUGGUGCGCGCAGCGAUUCCUCAGAGACCGGCGUGCGUACUCAUCACAUUCCCGUUAAGGAGUGCAUCUUAAAGAGCUUCGCUCUCCUUUCUUUGCCACUUCAUUCCGCUGCUUUGAGCUUGUCUGGGUGGCUUUAAAAAGAAAAAGAGAAAUUAAAUAAAUAAAAAAGUAGGGGGGGUUGCUCGCAGGAAUAGCCGACCCAAGAGGGACGUCCCAAGAAAUCGCCGGAUCACCAAGCGGGACGAUGACCGUGAUUGACAGCCGGGCAAGCUGAGGAGGCCUGCCACUCAUCUUCCCAUCAGCUUGUCAGGGGGUUAUCUCUUUGUUGCCCUCCCCCUCCCUACCCCCACGCUACCACCUUUUCCUCCACCAUCCCCCGACCUCUUAUCUUCUCAAUGGACCGGUAACCUCACUGUCUCCUAGAGUUACCCACCUUUAGGAUAACUUGAAAGUGACAGAGAAAGCCAACAACAGUGAAAAAAAACAGGCUUCUGCUCCACCUGAAGGGACAUGCCUCUUCACCCCAUUUAAGUGACUAACAGGAAUCGCGAACUCUUGUUUGAACCCCCGUCAGGAAGAGACGGCUCCAUUAGAGGGAGCUAAGCAGGACCAGCCAUGAAUUUCCAGCUCGCGUUAACGCUGCAAGCGAUAUGGACCGCGGUUUGCCACGCAGCCAUGCAGCACUACCCCGCGGCGUGGGGCCACUACGACGUUUGCAAGUCCCAGAUUUACUCAGACGACGGGCUAACCUGGGACUACAUGGCUUGCCAACCGGAGGCAGCGGACAUGACCCAGUACUUGAAGGUCAGCCUGGACCCGCCCAACAUCACCUGUGGAGACCCUCCGGAGACCUACUGUGCCCUGGAGAACCCCUACAUGUGCAACAACGAAUGUGACGCCAGCACCGAGGAGCUUGCACACCCUCCAGAACUCAUGUUCGACAUCGAGGGCCGCAACCCCACGACCUUCUGGCAGUCCUCCUCCUGGAAGAAGUACCCAAAGCCCCUUUUGGUCAACAUCACCCUAUCGUGGCACAAGACAAUCGAGUUGACCGACGACAUCGUCCUCACCUUUGAGUCGGGCCGGCCUGAGCAGAUGGUCCUGGAGAAGUCGCUCGAUUAUGGGCGAACCUGGCAGCCCUACCAGUUCUACGCCACCGACUGCCUGGACGCCUUCACCAUGGAGCCUAAGACGGUGCAGGAUCUGACGCAGCACACCCUGCUGGACAUCAUCUGCACUGAGGACUACUCGCGAGGCUACGUUUGGAAGUAUGACAAAACCGUGCGCUUCGAGAUCAAAGACCGAUUUGCACUCUUCGCAGGACCCCGCCUCCACAACAUGGCCUCACUUUACGGACAGCUGGAUACAACCAAGAAGCUGAGGGACUUUUUUACCAUCACCGACCUGAGAAUCCGCCUGCUCCGCCCCGCCACGGGGGCCACCAUGGUGGAUGAGAACAACCUGUCCAGAUACUUCUACGCCAUUUCUGACAUUAAAGUCCAUGGCAGGUGCAAGUGCAAUCUUCACGCCAACAGCUGUGUGUAUGACAAAGAGAAGCUGAGCUGCGAGUGCGAGCACAACACCACCGGGCCCGACUGCGGCCGCUGCAAGAUAAACUACCAAGGGCGAGCGUGGAGCGCCGGCUCCUACCUACCCAUCCCCAAAGGCACCGCUAAUAUCUGUAUUCCUAAUAGCAUCGGUCCCGUUAACUGCGAGUGCUUCGGCCAUUCCAACCGAUGCAGCUACAUCGAGGUGCUAAACACCGUCAUUUGCGUGAGCUGUAAGCACAACACUAGAGGCCAGCACUGCCAUCUUUGCAAGAUGGGCUACUACCGCAAUGUCUCAGCAGAACUGGACGAUGAAAAUGUGUGCAUAGCCCUGGUGUGCGACGACGAGCUCCUGCGCUGCCAGAAUGGGGGGGUCUGCGUCAACAAUGCCCGCUGCAACUGCCCCCCAGAGUACUCGGGCCUGCUGUGUGAAAAGAGCCGCUGCGAGUCGGAGGCAGCGGGCUGCGGAAGCCGGGAGUCGGGCCAGCCGCCCCUGACACCCCCGUCCCCCUGUGGCCUGCUGACCCUGCUGCUCCUGCUGGGCUCGGCGCUGCUGAGAGAGGCCCCCUGCUGGCCUGCCGCGCUCUGAAGAGACCUGUCAGUGGGAGCGACGCUCCUCCACCUUACCCCCUCCUUUGCCCCCCUCCCUUCUUUCAAAUAACCUUUAAAAAAAUAUGAAUAAUACCACCAUGAGUUCUCUGGACUGUGGUCUGCUCAGCUUUUCAGCUGCCGGACUCCUCUGGCGCGCUGAGGACGACUGGAAUGUGCCAGGGUGCAAAAACUUUCCAUUUAAGUUCAAAGAAUAUAUAGAGAUAAAAAAAAAACAUAUACUUCUAAAAGAAAAGAUUAAAAAUAUGACAAACUGAGCAUUUGCCUGAAAAGACUAAACUGUGCAAGAACAAGUGAACCCACCUCCACCACCAACCCCCCACACCCACCCCCUCUAAGCCAUACCAGGUACAUGAACUCCUUCCAGUUUGAGAAGGGAUUACUCCAGAUGACAGACUCGUUCACUUCCUUUCGCAUCGCCACGGCAACAACAGCUGCAGCCAAUCAGCUCGGGGCAUGAGCUGACGGCGGCCGAGGAGCCCCGACGGAUGCUUCUGCAACUCGCUGGACGACUGACGUUCAAAUAAAUAAAUAAAUAAAUACCAGAAAAAAAACUUUCUCAAUCGGCCUCUGAGAUAAAUAAAUAUAAAAAAAAACUGUUGCUAAAACAGAGAGAGGUGAAGAAGCAGGAGGAAUUCUUUGCUGUCAGUGCAUUGUGGAUAGAAGGAAAUCCGUCCGGAACGCCACGUUGUGACACGAAACCCCGCCCACUUUACCCCCCCCCUCAAUCUCUGUCUCUCUUCUGUCAUCCUCCCUUCCUGCAUUGCCACCACUGACCUGUGCUUUCGUGAACUCUGUAAGCCCUUGUUGGUUGAAAGAUUCUUUUGUCCGAUGUUAGUGAUGCACACGUGUAAGAAGCUCCUGACCCUCCUCUGCUUCCUCCUCCAGCUUUUCUUUUCUUUUCUUUUCUUUUUUUUCCACCUUUGAGUCCCUUCCAUCAUGGCCAGAGGAUAGUUUCACCUGAGCAGAUGAGAAGAGCAUUGAAAAUCCAUCGCUGUAAUUGCAAUUUUUUUUUUUUUUUUUUUAACAGCAAACCGGAAAAAGACCAAAAAACAACAAAAAAACCCCCCAGACAUAUAGUCUUUUUGUAUCUCCGAGGAGCUGUGAUGGAAAAAAAACAAAAAGAAAACGUUAAUGUAUCUAUUUAAGACCUCCAGACGCUUGGGUUUCUCUUUUUCUUUGAACUCCUCUCAUUCGUUGCUUCAUUUACUCAUUAUUUUUAGUUGUGCAGUGGAUUUUUCCUUUGUAUUGGCAACGUGCUGACAUCAAAGAAUAUCAGUUUACAUAUGCCGUAUUAAUAAAGUGUAUUCAAAUCCCACCAAAGGACAUUAUAAAUGUUUUGUUCUUGCUUUAACACUUUAUAUCUUAAGUGAAUAAAAGUCUGAAAGCCUAAA